AUGGCGAAGCGCACUCAGCCCAAGGCCAAAGCCCACGCCGGAUGUGCAAGAUGCAGGAAGUCGCAUGUCAAGUGCGACGAGAAGAAGCCUACGUGUGGCCGCUGUUUCCGGACCGAUUCGCAGUGCGUCUACUUAACGCCGACGCGGGCCACCAGCAGACUGGACACAAGGCAGAUACUACCGGCUGGAUCGGCCCAGAGCAUCCCACCCAGGCCCCAUCUGUUGCAGUUUUCGUGCCGCAUGCUAGAGCCAGGUGAGGUACUGUACUAUGAUCGCUUCCGCGACCAGGUGGCCCGGCAGAUGAGCUUCCAGGCCGAGGGCCCCGUUGACUUUUGGCUCCGGUCAGUCCUUCGUGAGAGCACUGUAGACGGUUGUAUUCUCGACGCCAUUCUUGGUAUUGGCGCCCUUGCGUAUGCCCAAGACCAGGCCACAGUUUUCCGUCCGCUGUUCCUGGCCCCCCAGUCCGACGCGCACUAUUAUCAGGCUCUGAGCCACUACAACAGAGCCAUCGUAAAGCUACGAGGCUGCAUAGCAGGCACACCCGGGGGCGUGUCGCGAACAAUGAUUAUUGCCACGGUUCUGUUUUCGUUCUUUGAGUACAUGCAGGGCAAUACGACUGGUGCAGACACCCUGACAGGUCGCGGAAUCAUGCUGCUCAAGGACGACGUCCUCCUGCCGGACUCGUCCCCGAGAUCCACCAGGACAGACGAUGAAGGGAUCGAGGAAGCCAAAUACUUCUUGGUUCGCACUGCCUGCUGGACCGUCCAGCAGUCCCCCAUGUACCCCUGCCAGAGAGAGAGCCUGCUCGAGAUCGCCAAUAAGCACACCUUCGAGUUCCCGUCCCCCAACCCCAGAUGGGGCACCAAGGAAUUCUGCAGCACAUUCUGGCGCAUGGUCACGGUCGGCAGUCUCUGGCAAGUACGCGCCUUCGAUUAUCUCUACAACGACAACCCCACGGCGACACACAUGCUCGAGAGCGAGUACGCAGGCAUGGUCAGGCAGGUGAACGCAUGGGAGACGGCGGCAGGGCUCAGGCUCGGCCGAGAGAAGGACAUGGAGGCAUACGCCAUGGUCGCAGCGGUCUACCUCGGGGCCAAGUUCCUCGCCGCGGCGAUACAAGGCACCCUUGACCCGGCGGAGACGGUAUGGAACACGAAGAAGGAGCUGGGCCUGCACUUCGUUGGUCGGUACACCUACGCGGCCAACAGCGGGAUUCCGUCCUACGCCCGCGCCAUCAUCAACGAUGCCCUGCUCGCGGGUGUCUCGAGGGUUGUGCUCUCAUGCCGGGAUAGGGAUGUGCGGCAUGGGGCCUUGGGGGUGUGGAAGCAGCUUGUCAACCGCAAGUCGUCGUGGGAUAUCAAGAGCACGCUCAUGGGGGCCUGUGCAUUGGUCAGUGUAGAGGAGGCAGCGCGAGAUGAGGAUGGUUGCAUCCCGCAUGAUGCGCGGUAUGACUGGACCUCGGGGACCUGGAACAAGGAUCACACCGAGUUCCUUGUCAAUUUGACGGCCAGGUAUCCGGAGCCUGACAAGCGACGCAGGCAGAAGCAGGUGGUCAUGCGGCCGGAGGAUCUCGGUCUUGUGUAG